CCGACCAACUACAAUACAACGCUUAACAAUUACAUUUUGUGACAAACGUGAUUAAAGGAAAACUCUCCAGUCUUUCACAUUCUUGAAGAAUUUAAUUGAAAGUACUAACAAUGUGUAGUGUGGUGAUGACAGUGUUAUUACUGCAAUUGCUGAUAUCGCAAUGUGCGUCGGCGCCGUUACUGCUGCAACCCAGCCGGCAGGGUCAGCAGGGCCAGCAGCUGCUACACCUGCAGCAGUUACAGCAGUUAGAGGCCCUGCAGAGAAUCGCCUGGCCGCAGCACUUAACAAUUCCUCCGAUAAUAAUCCUCAUUCAAAACGCUCAGACGAGGACGACAGCUGAUACAACUGGCGCACAAACGAAACGAGACGCCACGAAAAAAAACGCUAACAAAGGAAUAGUUGACAAGGAUUUGGACUCUGUGAUUAUCGAAGCGGAUCCUGAAGAUGAAGAGACGAGGUCGCAGAAUGUGCUACUGCUGCCGAGCAGCGCCAGGCUGUCCAUAGGUGAUGUCAUCUCCGCCAUUCCCUUCCUGCCUAUAGAGAUUAACGUGCCGGAUACCAUCGGUUGGGUGUACAACGGUAUAGCCAGUGGCAUCUCCAGUAUUAUAUCUAUCUUCGGCCGGCAGCCGGUCGCCCAGGGCAAUAGUGGUGGCGCGCAACAGACCAGGCUACGCACGGAACCGCUGCUGCAGACAGGCGGUGCCCAGCUCCUCCUACUGCCCCUACCACAACUGAUACCUAUACAUCUACCCAUACAAGUGUGACUUAAUACAA